AUGGAUGUAUUUAAUCUGCAAAAUGUUGAUGCAGAAAAAAUUGAAGAAAUUAAAAAGGAAGGAAACGCACUGUUCCGAAAUAAACAAUAUAAGGAAGCACUGAGUGUUUAUCGCAAUGUUAUUUCACUUCUGUGUAAUGGUUCUUUCGAUUUAUAUAAAAUUAAAAACGUUGUGAAAUUUUUUCAAGAGCAAUGUGUAAAUAAAAUAAAUGGGAUAAAAUCAACUGAAGAAAUGGGCAAAGAGGCAAACAAAGAUUUAUCAGGAGUAGAAAACGUUAAAAGUCUUUUUAUAAAAGUUUGUCAUAAUAUAUCAUUAUGCUAUUAUUUUUUAGAGGAUUUCAAACGGUGUAUUGAGUAUUGCUCUUAUAUUAAUGAUAUUGAUAAGGAUCAUUUCAAAAGUUAUCACACAAUGGGCUUGUGUUAUGAAAAGAUAGGAGAUUACAAAAAAUGUAUUACCUACUUUGAUAGGUGUAAAGCGGUGCUUACAGAGGAUAAAUCGAAUGAUAAUGGAAGCACUAGUAAUAAAAAUGAAAUAAACAGAAUUAAUGAAAAGUUAAAAAUGAUUGUUAAACUAGCAGAGAAUAACAAAAAUGAUCAUACAACCAACAUAGACACGCUUAAAGGUGUCCUUCUUGAUGAAAACAGUAGUGAGGAAAAAAAAAUUAAAAUGUUAUAUAGUAUUUGUAAUCAUAAGUUUUAUAUUCUUCUGAAGGAAAAUAUAUUUAAAUUGUUAUAUGACAUGUUGCAUAGAAGUAGUAGUACCAUACGCAUAGAAAAAACUUGCUUGUACGUUAUUUAUAAACUAAUUUCCAAACUUGAAACGGAAAACUCAAAAAUAGAUAAGGAUAAAAUGGAAAAUGGUAAAAAUACCAAAAUUUGCAUUAACAAGUUAGACGAUUUGAAAUUUCAAUACUAUUAUGAUGUAGAUUUUGUAAAAAUGUUAAUAUCAUUUAAUGAAGUAUUUGAUAUAACAUGGAUACAUAAUUAUAUAAAUAACAAAAUAAAAAUAAUUGAAAAAACUUUAAAAUUUUCAAAGGAGGAUCAACAUGUGUACAAAUCAACCAUUGACAUGGUAGUGUACAUAAUAAAUAUAAUAAAAUAUGUACAUGUCAUAAAUAAUGAUACCAUUUUAAAAAUAAUUAAUUUAUAUUAUUUGAAUAGUGAUAACUACGAAAUAGCGAGCAGUGGUCUAAAUGCACUUAUUUUCCUUUGCAAAAAAAAAAAAAGCUUUAUUCAGAGAAGUAUUGAUAAAAAAAAAAAAAAGGAAAAAAAAACAAAUGGAACACAAAAGAACGAAGCGAAUGGAAGUGAACCAAAAAAGAAUAAAACAAAUGAAAGUGAACCGGAAAACAAGGAAAUGGAUUUUUUACAAAUAUUGGAAAAGAAUCAUAACAUAAAUAUAAAUAACACAAUUGUUGAUUUGCACUUUUCUCACUGCUCCAAAUAUCCUGUUUGUGUUAAUUCAGAAAUAAAAAAAAUAAUUCAAAAUGUAAUUAGCAUGUAUGACAACUCAUCUGAUGAUGUAGAAUAUGCAUUAAUUUUACUGCUUACAUUAUUAUAUGAUAAAAACAGACCGAGUGAAAAGGAUACUGAAAUGAAUGACUUAAUAUACGAAAGUGUAAAUACAUAUUUCCAAACAGACGAAAUAUGUGUUGAAUGGUUCAUAUGUGUCAAGUGCCUUUUUUUAGUAGAUAAAAAUAUUGUUUUAAAUUAUUUGAUAGGAAAAACAGAGUACAUGUUUCAAAUUUUAACCUUUAUUAAUAAUUCCAUUGGAAGGAAAAGCAAAAAAAUUUUGUCAAUUUAUAUUGAUGUGUUACUUCUUUUAUUAAAUAUAUCGGAAUUACGUUUCAUGCUAAAUGAUUAUAUUGAUUUAUAUAUAAACAUUCUUAAAACAUUAAAUUAUGAUGAAAAUUUUUUAAAAUUGCUCAUAGGAUCUUUUAAGUUAUACAUGCAUAACAAUGACUUUAAGAAAGAAAUUGGAAAAAAUAUGGAUUUAUUUUCAUAUGCUAAGGAAAUGCUAAAAUCGUUUCUUUUAAAUUAUGAUAUGCAGUUGGAUGACCUUAAUGCAAGUGGUGAUAAUAUUUCACCUGCAAAGAGUUAUUUAACUAAUGAUAAAAGAGAAUAUCCUGAAGAGAGGGAUAAAAACAAUGUUGCUACUGGAGAAAGGAGCAGUCGAGCUCGUUUCGUUAAAGAGGAAGUGCAGGAAAACACUGUGAGUAAACUAAAAAAGUCUAGCUAUAGUAACCCUGUUGAUAGUGCAAUAAUAAUAGAAAAAGCAGAAAAAAGCCAAAAAAAUUGUGAACUUGUCGAUAACAAAAAAAAAGGAAAAGGAAAUUAUAACAUAAGAUAUGAUGAAGCGAUGCUUAAAGAUUUGAUAGAAAUGUUGUUUUACUUAAGUUUACAUAUUGAAUUUAAAAAGCAGCUAUUGGAGGAGAAAAAUAAUUAUAUUUUAUUUUUUUUAAUAAAAGUAGGAGAUGAUAUAAAUAAAAAGAAACUAGACAAUACAUAUAAAUAUAUGUACUGUAAUACAAUAAAUAAUUUAAUAUUAACAAGAACAGAUGAAAAAAUGAGAAGAAGGGCAAUUAAUAAAACUAAUUUGUCUAAUUUUGAUAAUGAACAAAUAGAAGCAUUAGAACAGUUUUAUGAUAAGUUACCUAAUGCAGCCAGACCGAAAACGGAUCCAUUAUAUGAUUAUGGAGAUGAUGAAACUAGUAAUGAAUUAAUUAGUUUAUUAUUAUACAAUGAGAAAUAUCAAAAGAAUUUUAUUGAAAAGGAUAUUUUAUCUUUUGCAUCAAAAUGUAGGUAUAAAAAUGGAACGCUUAUUAAUACUAUUUACAAUUUUAUUAAUAGCAAUUUUUUUACAACAAAUAUUGCUGAAUCUAUUUGUGAUAUUAUUUCAAAAUUUGUAAAAAAUACAAAUAAUAUCGGUAUAGUACUUGUUAAUAAUGGAUUGAAGACCUUAUUGUUAGCUUCAAAACAUAUUACUAAUAAAAAAAAUUGUACUUUAGCGUUAAGUGAAAUAUUUAUUUAUACAAAUCCGAAAUUAAUUCAUUUUUAUGAAGCAUAUGAUUCUUUGCCCUUAUUAAUUGAACAACUAAAUGAUGAUGAAGAAUUAUUAGUUUUUAAAUCAUUAAUGGCUAUUACCAAUAUUUUGACCAUUGAUGAAAAUAUAGCCAUAAAAGCUAUGCAACUUCAUCUAUGGAAUAAAUGUUUUGAUAUCUUAUCAUCCGAAAACGAUUGCUUAAGAUCUGCUAGUUUAGAGUGCAUAUGUAAUUUAUGUUCACAGUCAAAUGUUCAUCAAUAUGUGUACGAGAAAUAUCAAAAAUUGGUUAAAAAAAAUGAGGAUAAUGACAAAGAAAUUAAUUUUGUAGAUAUACAAAUACUUUUUGCCUUUUCUAUGGAAUAUGAAAAUUAUAAAGCCGUUUUUGCUUCUACAGGAGCCUUAGGUAUGCUAUCAUCCGAUCUACGUUUACCUUUUUUUUUAAUUCGAACCAAAAGCUGCAAUCUUAUUUUUUCAUCCUUCGAAAAAACCGACGAUCAAAAUAUUUUACUACGUAUUUUAACAUUUUUUAAUAAUGUAAUACUAUGUGAACAAAUACCUACCGAUAUUGUUAAAAAAAUAAAAGACAUCGUUCGGGAAAAAAAUGGGUUGAAUGAAGAAAACUCGCAAAUUGCUAAUUUAAUUCUUCAGUAA